AUGGGCGGGUUCCUCAAGGCCUUCGAGCAGUUUCCAGUAUAUAAGGCGUUGCACGUCUACCUGAAAUCACAUCGCCCUGUUCCGUGUUUGUGCUCCUGGUGGCUGCCGCUUGCGCUUCUGAGGCUGGAGAAGCGAGAGGCGGAGCCAAGUCGUGCCUACAGCUAUGGCUACGGUCUCCACCACCACGCCUACUACCCCCGCACCUACUACCACCCCUACCGCCACUCUUACCACAAGAGGUCCGCUGAGCCUGAGGCCGAAGCUGAGCCUUCUUACGGUUCCUACCACUACCGAGGCUACUACCGCCCCUAUUCCUACGGAUACCAACCACACCACUACACUCCUUACGUCCACCACCACCACAAGAGGUCCGCUGACCCCGUUGCUGAGGCCGAACCCAGCUACGGCUACGGCUACAAGUCCUACCACCCCGUGUAUCCUCGUUACUACCACUCCUACCACCCACACUCCUACUCCCCCUACGUCCACAGCCACCACAAGAGGUCCGCUGACCCCGUUGCUGAGGCUGAACCCAGCUAUGGCUACAGUCACAAGACCUACCACCCACGCCCCUACCACUCCUACCGCCCACACUCCUACCACGCCUAUCCUUCUUACGGCCACACCCACUACAGGCUACCACUGAGUUUCCAGUAUAUAAGGCGUCGCCCGCCUGCUUGGAAUCACAUCGCCCUGUUCCGUCUUACUAAUCCUGCAGAGAUGAAGUACUUGGUGUUUGUGCUCCUGGUGGCUGCCGCUUGCGCUUCUGAGCUGGAGAAGCGAGAGGCGGAGCCAAGUCGUGCCUACAGCUAUGGCUACGGUCUCCACCACCACGCCUACUACCCCCGCACCUACUAUCACCCCUACCACCACUCGUACCACCACCAUCACAAGAGGUCCGCUGAGCCUGAGGCUGAAGCUGAGCCUUCUUACGGUUCCUACCACUACCGAGGCUACUACCGCCCCUAUUCCUACGGAUACCAACCACACCACUACACUCCUUACGUCCACCACCACCACAAGAGGUCCGCUGACCCCGUUGCUGAGGCCGAGCCCAGCUACGGCUACGGCUACAAGUCCUACCACCCCGUGUAUCCUCGUUACUACCACUCCUACCACCCACACUCCUACACCCCCUACGUCCACAGCCACCACAAGAGGUCCGCUGACCCCGUUGCUGAGGCUGAACCCAGCUAUGGCUACGGUUACAAAACGUACCACCCACGCUCCUACCACGCCUAUCCUUCUUACGCCCAUACCCACUAUGGCUACCACUGA